AUGAAGAGUUCCAAUCCCACGGAUACAGUCUUGCUCAAGCUUUUCCACGCUGUCAUACCACUGUGGCAGUAUUAAGUGACCAUCGAGUCAAUUAUGUGUAACUACGCAUCUGAUGAGUGGUGACUGACUCCUACAAUUUGUGUCAGUGGAUCAUGAGGCUAUGUGCUCUGUUAAUUCCUGUGCUAUUAGCAACCACUAGUUAUUCACAAGACUACACUUAUUGGAACCAUCCACAAAUUGAACUAACCAAUCUCUUUAAAAUUGACUAUGCUAGUGACCUCAUUAUACUGGCUGCAAAAAAUAAUAUAUUGCAUUUGACAUUGGAUCUACAGACUAUAUUAAAUGCACAGAAUGCUACACCUAGUGCUACAAAGAUACACACUUGCAGAACCAGUAAUGCUAUAUUUGAAUCAUUGGCAAAUUGUCAGAACUUUCAUCACAUAUUACACAUACCAACAACAGAUACCCUCCUAUCACUGGACAAUAACCAGACUGUACCACUCAAUGAGACAAUAUUAGCCUGCGGCUCUGAUGCUUAUCAGCCUCUUUGCUUUUACAGAAAUCGUACAGACUUGACUCUCUUGAAAUCCUAUGAGGCUAGGAAUUUUUGUCCUUUUGGUCGCAGCUUUGUGAGUGCAUCCACUCUAUCAAGCAAUGGGAAUUUAGUAUCAGGAACAUCACUCAAUGUCAGAGCUAGUAGUUAUGGACUGUCUUUGUCUCACUCUCCAUUUAAUGGAACUGCAUCAGUUACUACCAUUAACUACUACAUAUCAUUUCAAGAACCAGAAUUUGUUGAUGUAUAUGAGUUUGGUGAUUAUUACUAUUUCUUUAUGAGAGAGACAGCAGAAGAGAUUGGACAAGUUUCUAUGCGCCCUAUAUACUCUAGAGUUGGUAGAGUCUGUAAGAAUGAUACUGGUGUCACUAAUAUUCUUAUUCCUACUUCUACAAAAGUUUUUGUCACAUAUCUCAAGGCUCGUAUUAUGUGCCAGUCAAGGGCAAAGUCAAGAAAUGAUGUUCGAUUUACUUUCAAUAGCUUACAGGACACAGUUCAUGUAUCUAAUGUGUCAGGAGAAUACAUGUAUGGUGCUUUCACAUCAUCUGAGAAUGGUCCUGCUGGAUCAGCAAUAUGUGUCUAUACGUUAAAUGGAGAGAAUACUAAUGACCUUUCUGAUGUCUUUACAAAGUCUUAUUUGAAACCAGUAGCUGUGAAUGACUGGGACACAGUUCCUAAUAAUAACCCAGUUACAGUAAGUGACUAUACGAAGAUGCUAUACAAUUUGCAUUUACUUAAAAAGACUUAUGUCUCCAGUCGACAAGGAAGCAAAGACUUCACUAGUCAAAAUGUAGAACUGGAGCGUAACACAGAGAAUGGAGAGGGACAAGUUGUUGGAAUGAUGGAAUUGUACAAAACUAAAGCUAAUAAUUCAGUGUAUGUGUACCUGAGUACAUCUGAAGGUUUGUAUGUUGUACCAUUGGAUGAUUGUGAGAGACUGUAUUCAACAUGCAGUGAGUGUAUUAGCUCACGUGAUCCUUACUGUGCAUAUCAUGUAGAAGAAGGAAAGUGUGUGUCAACCAUCAAUAGUGUAGGAGGGAGUGGUUCAUUACUACAAGACAUUGUUAAUGGUGAUAGUAGCAUUUGUUUUGUUGCUCAUUAUACAACAACUGUUAGUCCAUCACCUACAAUAGCGACACUAUCAACAGUUGACUUAAGUGCCAUCAGUCCUUCAGAGACUAGUGUAAUGAGGCCAACAGUACCUGUAGGUAGAGUUUUUGGAGGAGCUCUUGAAGAACAUGCAUGGACUAUAGCUGCAAGUGCUGGUGGACUGAUAGUUGGUGUAGUGGUUGGUUACUUAAUGCUUGCUUUCAUAACAAACAAAGUCAGGAUCUACAGCAAGUCCCUUUCACAUCGUAAUCAGCCUACUGAUCACAGACAAAAGUCAACAUAG